AUGGCGCUGCUGGUCAGCCCACUCAUCUCGUCAACACUCGCCAAUUAUACACUGUCGCAAGACUACACCGGAAGAGCGUUCUUCGACGGGUUCGACUUCUUUACGGACGCCGAUCCGACGAACGGCCACGUCAAAUACAUUGACAAGGAGAAUGCCAACAACAGCGGCAUCGCAGGCUUGAUGUCGAGCAGUACAAUUAACAACGCUGUCUAUCUCGGCAUGGACGCUGUCAAUGAGGCUCCCCAAGGUCGCCGAUCGAUUCGCGUACAAAGCCAGAAAGCAUUCAAUCGUGGUUUAUUCAUCGCUGACAUUGCUCACAUGCCUGGCGGCAUCUGCUCGACCUGGCCAGCCUUUUGGCUUGUGGGGCCGAACUGGCCAACUUCAGGCGAAAUCGACAUUCUCGAAGGAGUGAACGACCAAACAAGCAACAGCUUUACAUUGCACACUGGGCCUGGUGUUGUGGUCUCGAACAAUGCAAGCUUUACCGGCCAAUUGGUUACACCAAAUUGCGACGUCAAUGCGCCUGGUCAAGCCAAAAAUGCAGGCUGCACAAUUUCAACCAACGACACCGCUACGUACGGAAAGGGUUUCAAUGAGAACGGUGGUGGUGUCUACGCGACAGAAUGGACGUCUUCUGCCAUCAAUAUUUGGUUCUUUCCUCGCACCGCAAUUCCUGCCGACAUUGUCCAAGGCAAUCCGCGGCCGUGUGAAAGCUGGGGUCCUCCACGAGCCGUAUUUAGCGGCGACUUCAAAGUCGACGACCAUUUCAAGGAUCUCAACAUUGUCUUCGAUACGACCUUCUGUGGAGAUUGGGCUGGCAAGGUCUGGGCCCAAUCCAGCUGCGCAUCGCAGGCUCCGACAUGUGAGGAGUUUGUGACCAAGAACAAGUCGGUGUUCCGAGAAGCUUACUGGGCGGUCAACUCGUUGAAGGUCUUUGAGAAGAUGGGUGAUGCUCCUAAGCUGAGGACACGCUCAGGCGGUGCUGUUCUUCCUCCUCUGCCAUGA